AUGGGUUGCGCAGCAUCAAACAAUAAUGUCGUGACAACAUCGACACAUGUCAUUCCCGUUCCUAUAGCAUCAAAUACAAAAAUGUUAAAUAUCGAUGCCUCACAUAUCUCUUCCGUUUCUAAUAAACAUACAACUAAUAUUCUUAUUGCUAGCCAUACAACUCAACAAACGAUCAGUGAAAAAUUGGGACAAAAAUUAGUUGAUCAAUGCUUAUCAUGUUAUCUAUUAAAUGAAACUACACCGCAAUCAUUGAGUGCUCGAGCUAAUGCAAUACAAUGGUGUGAUGUGUUUGUCGUCGUUAUUAGUCGAUUCUAUCAGAGAACUCCAUUUUGUAUGGAAGCUCUUAAUUAUGCCAAAGAUAGGCAUAAACCAAUUAUUGCAAUAUUAGCAGAAUGUACUUUUCGGCCGUACGGAGCCCUUGGCGCAAUAGUGGCGAGUGCCAUUCGAUCGAUCGUACUAAGCGAUCACGCAUCAUUUCUGCAUGCUGUCUCAGAAAUUAUUGCUAGUACUCGAACAGAGGUGCUAAAGAAGAAAGAUCCUUUGAAUGUUACGGAUCUAUCACAGAUAAAUGACAACAAUAUGAUGUGUACACUUCAUCGAGGUUCAUCUACCUGUACUGUACUCAUUUGCACAACAGAUGAUGGUGAUUCUGUCGGCCGACUCAUCCAUGAAUCUCUCUUGAAUACUCAAUUGUCUUUGAUCGUAGAGAAUUUAUCAAAACCAGAUGCUACUUGUAGCGUAACUCAAUGUACUGUGUUUAUGCCAAUUCUUACACCUCAACUCGAACAAACACCUUUAUGUCGAGCAGCACUGGAACAAGCUCGUCUUCAUUGCAAACAAAUCGUGCCAGUUAUAGCUGCUAAGAAAUGGCGUCCUGAAGGUUGGCUUGGAUUGGUUAUUGCGGGACGUGUGUUUUUUCGUAUUUUCGAUCAAGAAACUGCUAACAAACCUUUUUACGAUAGCAAUCGCAUUACUGAUUUACGCGUCGCAACAGAGAUUGCAUGCCAACCAUUUCCCAGCGAAACCGAACGUGAAGCGAUGGAGAAAAAUGCACUUCAAAUAGAACUUGACAUGUGUAAAAGUAAAUUGUCAAUAUGGCCGCCAAAACGUAAAUCUCAUGUUAUCAAUCCAAUGAAAGCUCGACAACCUGUUCGUGUUCAACUGCAAGAGCCACAUGCUGAUUCAUAUUUCGAGCACACUCACCAUUCAAUUACGCGCAUAACUUUUAAAGCACCUCCAGCUAUUGUCGAUCAAUAUGGUUUACCGAAACGAAAACUUCUCGACUGCAUGAUUAGUUACCAAUGGGGAAAACAAAAUCUUGUCCGUGAAAUCUAUGAAGAUUUGCGUAUGCGUAAUGUCGAAACUUGGUUUGAUAUAUGGGGUUCAAUGCAGGGUAGCACCAAUGAUGCAAUGGCUACAGGUGUGGAAUGUGCCAAAGUGAUACUUGUCUUUCUUUCAAAAGAAUAUACUGAAUCGACGAAUUGUCGACUCGAACUUCAAUAUUCUGUUCAGCGUGGAAAAGCCUUUGUUAUUCUUCAUACAGAACCUAACAUAGCACUUCAACAAUGGAUUUUAGAGGCUAUAGAAGGUUUUCCUCAAUAUGAUGUUUAUACUUAUGAUGUUUUAAAACAAUUGAUCAAUGGAGUUCCAAUGAUUGAUGUCAUCGUUCAAGCUGUGCGCAGUCUUGUUCAAGCUCAGCCACCUGAUCCUGUCGAUGAUUGUUCAACUGAAGUUUUUGAAUUACGCUCACUUCUCGAUGACGCACGUGAUGCAUUAAGUGCUGAAACUGGUGAAAUGCGUUACAGACAAUGUACUCGUUGUGGACAACAAUAUGAUAACUAUUCGAAAGAUGGAUGCAAAAAACAUUCCGCUUACUAUCUGGGAGGUGGAGGAGGUCUACUCGAAGAUCAGUGGGUAUGUUGUAGGCAGCAAACAACAGAUUCACCCGGUUGUGUAUCAUGUGAACAUAUAGACCAACCACGUGUAUUUGUCGAAGAUCCAUCUUAUGGAACAUCUACAUGGAAGCCAGCUUAA